UCACCAGGAUGGACGUAGCAGCAGAGUGGCAGGGCAGGAGGGCUGCGUGGGUCACUGUCCUCUCCUGGCACGUCAGCCAAGUCCCCAUGUGUCCCAGGCAGCUGUGAUGGAACUAGACCUCUGGAGGUGGCCAUCCUGGAGGUCUUGUCCUCCCUCCCAUACUGCAGUACUGGUGGGGUGGAGACCUGGACUGGAUGGAAUCCAAAACCUGCCUUCUUCUAUUUCCCUAGGUCAGACAUUGUGGGAGAGGCUCAAUCUGCUCAGUGCUACUAACAAUUGAUUAAUAACACCUAGUGACAGCUCAUCCUCUAGAGGGUUUAGGACCCUAUAUUUGAGGGACAGGGCAGGGACCAGGUUCACAGUGGUGGGAUGUUUACAUUCCCAGAGGUGUUGGACAACGUGUCCUGAACACACAUCAUCGAGAGGUGGCCACUGUGGUCCAAGGGACCCUUUCCCCCUCCAUCCUCCCUUUGCUACCAGAGAGUAGUGAGCUUUUUCUCUGCCACCCCCUUCUCAGCAGGAGGAGCAGGGAGCAGCAGAGCCUGCAGGAAAACUGGGCAGAGAGGAGUUAACUUCAAACCCAACCUCAGGGAGAGGGAAAAAAAAAAAAAACAACAGAGAACUAUGGAUCAGCAGCAAGAGCAGAGGGAGGGAAAAGGGGGAGUCGGAGAGAGAGGAGAAGAGCUCCGGAAGGAGAGAGAGCAGAGCUGGUGGCGGGCGGGGGUAGGCAGCGGAGCACCAGGCAGGAGUGACUGAGCUGCCCAGACAAACUCUUCUGUGGUCUGCAUCCUCCCACUACCACUGCGUGGGCUGGACUGGAGGUCUCCUCCUGAGCAAGUGGCAAAGCUGCAGGCCCUUCCUCAAAAAGGUCCCUGCAAUCUGAAGGAAGAUGCCAGGGGGAUUGAACAUCUCUUCUGACAGCCCAGAGCUACGUGCAGCAGGGAUUAUUGUGCCCAUCAUCUUCUCCCUCAUCUUCCUUGUGGGUACUGUGGGAAAUGGGCUGGUGCUGGCUGUGCUGCUGUGGAAUGGCCAAGUCAAGUACUCCACCACCAACCUCUUCAUCCUCAACCUGGCUGUGGCUGACCUGUGCUUCAUCAUCUGCUGUGUCCCUUUCCAGGCCACUAUUUACACCCUGGAUGGGUGGCUCUUUGGGGCCUUUGCCUGCAAGGCUGUGCAUUUCCUCAUCUACCUCACCAUGUAUGCCAGCAGCUUUACCCUGGCUGCUGUCUCUGUUGACAGGUACUUGGCCAUUCGCUAUCCACUGAAGUCCCGGGAUCUCCGCACGUCCCGAAAUGCAGGAGUGGCCAUUGUGGUAAUCUGGUCGCUGUCCCUGCUCUUUGCAGGGCCUUACCUCAGUUACUACCAGAUAAUCCAUUACCACGGUGUGCCCAUCUGUGUCCCCAUCUGGGAGGACCAGCGCCGAAAGGUUCUGGACAUCAUCACGUUUGUAUUCGGAUACCUGCUGCCCGUGACCGUGGUGAGCCUGGCGUACACUAGGACCAUCAAGUUCCUGUGGACUUCGGUAGACCCCAUAGAAAGGAUCUCAGAGUCUCGGAAAGCCAAGAGUAAGGUCACCAAGAUGAUUGUCACAGUGGCCAUCCUGUUCUGCCUCUGCUGGCUGCCCCACCACCUGGUCAUCCUGUGCUUCUGGUUUGGCCACUUUCCCUUCAACCGGGCCACUUAUGCUUUCCGCCUGGCUUCCCACUGCCUUUCCUACACCAACUCCUGCCUCAACCCCAUUGUCUACGCCCUCAUCUCCAAGCAUUUCCGCAAGCGUUUCAAGCAGGCCUUCACCUGCCUCUUCUUCCAGAACAAAAUCAGGAAAAAGAAGAAGAGGAGAGUUGGAAGGAAAGUCCAUAUGGUCAAUGUGGAAAGAGGUUUUGCCAACAGGAUGGGAGAUUUCAAUGGAGGCAACACUGAGGUGACCCAAGUCCCAGAGGAGAAGACCAGGAAGAGAGACCAUGAAGGUGCCAGUCGAGCCAGAGCAUGGACUCGGCAGGUACAAGAUGCCGUGGUCUCUGUUGAGAAGGAGCUGCUGGAGGAGGAAGUUUUGGCAAAAGCUGGCCAUUCCCUAGAUGUGACCCUUUUAAGAGGAGCUGUUGGACAGGACCAAGAAGAAGCCCUAGAAAAGGGCUAGGGAGUCAAGAAAACAGUAUCCAUUUGCAUCACAUUUUCUGACCACAUCACAGUGGUUUUGCUUUCCUCCAGAAUCAUCAUGCCUGCACCUUAUUCCCACUGAGAUGGUUUUGUUGGCAGUGGGAGAUGAACUCGCUCAUUCAGACCCAGUAAACUGAGUUCAAGUCCCCCAGAACUCUUCAAACACCUCCUCCACAAUCCUGUAGCCAUGUCUGAGACCUGCCAUCAUCCCAGCUCAAUAUUCACAGUAAAGUUUAAGUGACUGC